AUGGGACGUACAACAUUACGUAAAAAAAUUGUGAUUGUGGGUGAUGGUACCUGUGGAAAAACGAGUUUAUUGAUUGUAUAUCAAAAUGGUAAAUUUCCAGAGAGAUAUUUGCCUACCGUCUUUGAAAAUUAUAUUUCUCGAGUAGAGUUAGACAAUAAUAAAUCAGUUGAACUUGCUUUAUGGGAUACAGCAGGACAAGAAGACUAUGAUCGAUUGCGACCAUUAUCUUAUUUCGAAACAGAUGUAGUCAUGAUUUGUUAUGCUGUUGAUAAUAUGAAUUCGUUUCAAAAUGUCAGGGACAAGUGGUUGCCUGAAAUAAAACAUUACUGUGGAAACAAUGUGUCAUUAGUUUUGGUGGGGCUUAAAAUCGAUUUACGUUCGGACUCAAGAAUGACUGGUCUUAAAUUAGCAAAAGAAAUAGGUGCUAAAUAUGGUGAAUGUAGUGCCAAAAUGAAUACGAAUGUAAAAGAUGUUAUUCGACUUGCAGCACAAGUUGCAGUCAAGCCUAGAAGAUUAUUUAAAAGACGUCGUCGAUGUAAUAUUUUAUAG